AUGUUUCGUUUGAACGGGAAAGCUCAAUCAUCUAAAGUAGAUUGUGAAAAGGUAACCCAUUCAUCAGCUCUUAUGCCGAGUGCUACUUUCGUAGAUUCAGGUUCUAUACAAUAUCCUAGGACGGUUGGGCGUAGAGCGGAAUCCCCAUUUUUUACGGGAGUAGUGUUUUCCCUUCUUCAUCGCUUCGCACAACUAGUUGCCAACAUAACGUAA